AUGGUGGGAUACGGUGGCUUGCAGGAAGUCAUGGUCUUGGAGAGGGAACUGAGUGUGCUACGUUAUGCAGGCAACAGGGAAGCACAGUUGCAGGAAGACCGACAGCGAGAAGGCAUCCUGAAUUCUUCAAGAGUGGAAUAUCAGCUAUGGAAGCUACAAGUUGAGUGUUUCAAGUUAGAAGACUCAGUAAAGAACCAAGCAGAAGAAAUUGAAGAGAUUGAGAAUCAACUAUUAAGAGAAGAUUUGAUUGGAGACAAAAAGAAACAACAAGAUAAACUUAUCCAGUUGACGCAAUCUCUGGCAUGUGCUUUGGAACAAGAGAAGGAGAAAACGGAAGAAUCGGAAAAGGAAUUACAUAGAUUUAUGAAAGUCUUAAAAGUAAUAAGAAAAAAGUUAAAUGAGUGUGAAAAUAGAGAAUUACAUUUCUAUGAAGAUAUGCAAAGCAGAACAUUUGAAAUGCUAAGACAUGAGAUCAAUUAUCUUAAAGAAACAUGGGACCCAAUACAUUGCAGAUAUCUACGCCAAGAUAUAAACAUUCAAUCGACUGAGCAAGAAUUGUUAAAAAUAAAAACAGACCAGGAUAAUUAUGAACACACACACAAGACUCAAGAAAAUGUGGAAAAAGAAGUACUAAUCCUCAAAAGUCUGAUUAAAGAGACCAUGACACAAAGAGAAGAGGAAAAAAAGUUAGAGAAAUUAAGAGAGAACAACAAUGAUUCAAGAAUGAGUCAAAUGGUACUCAGAAUCAAAAACUUGGAAUCAAAUCUCCCUGAGAUAAAAAGUCAAGUAGAUUCUACUAGAAGAGAAAUGGAAAAAUGUAAACAACUUUAUGCAGAAGAAAUUAAAAGUAGAAAAUCACUUUCUAAUACACUAAGAAAGACAAUGGGAAGGCUAGAGGCUUCCACAACAAAGCUUAUGUGGGUGAAUCAGCAGAAGAUAACUUUGGGAACUAUCCUGAGUUCCCUGCCUGUUCAAGAGUUCCCUCAUGUUGCUGUGGGACACAGCCCCAGUUCUCCUCUGAGAGAUGCCUCAUAUCUUCUUACCUUGGAGUCUCAGCCUGUUUGUGAGCGUGUGAGGAAGGACCUGUCCGAGGUUUUCUGUAUCUCAAGCUCGUUUUUGAUGCUUUCUCUUCUUAGGAGUAAUGCUAUCAAAAGACCCGUGGUGAUUGAGGCUAGAUCACCUGAAGGUCAGCUGCUAUUUGAAUCUCUGUACACACAGAAUAUUCCUGCAAUAAAGACACGAGAAUGUAAGAGUGAAGGCUCCAUGUAG